UUUGUCCUAUAAAUAGAGAAGAAACUAAAGCAACAAACAUAUGAUCUUGUAUCAACAAAAAUGGCUAAUAUUUUGUCAUGUUGUAUUGUGUUUUUUCUUGCCCUUUGUUCUGGUGUGAUGGCAAAUCCUCAUUGUAAAGGUGUCAAAGGUGCAUAUUACCCUUCAUGGGCAUUUUCAACUUUCCCACCAUCAUCCAUAGACACAUCUUUGUUCACUCAUAUCUACUAUGCAUUUCUUGUACCAAACAACACAACAUUUAAAUUCGAUAUUGACGAUGAAACAUCCAAACUGCUCUUCAACUUCACCUCCACCCUUCGAUCGUCUGUCAAGACACUCUUUUCGGUUGGGGGAGGAGGUGAAGGACCAGCUAGGUUCUCGCGUAUGGCAUCAACAUCUGUCUCUCGUUUGUCAUUUAUAAAAUCUAGCAUAGAGGUAGCUAGAAAAUAUAAAUUUGAUGGAUUUGAUCUUGACUGGGAAUUCCCUCAGAACAAAAAGGACAUGGAGAAUUUCGCGAUUUUAUUAAAUGAAUGGAGGGUUGAGGUUAAGAAAGAAUCUUUGGCUACAAAAAGGCCACAACUUUUGAUCACAGCAGCUGUUUACUUCUCUGUUGACUUCUUCUUAUGGGGUGAGUUUAGAUCAUAUCCUGUACCUUCAAUUAACAAGAACUUGGAUUGGAUCAACUUAAUGUUCUACGAUUAUCGUGGAUCAUGGGAUACAUCUGCAACUGGUGCACAAGCAGCAUUAUUCGACACGAAAAGUAAUGUUAGUACAAGUUAUGGACUAAGUACUUGGAUCAAAGCAGGGGCCUUAAGAAGUAAAUUGAUAAUGGGAUUGCCACUUUAUGGUAGGACAUGGAAAUUGAAAGAUCCAAAUGUUGAUGGAAUUGGUGCACCAGCAGUUGGUGUUGGUCCUGGUGAUGAAGGGACAUUAACUUAUAGGGAAAUUGAGAAAUUCAAUGAGGAAAACAAUGCUAAAGUUGUAUAUGAUUCUGCUACUGUUUCUGCUUAUUCUGUGGCUGGAACUUCUUGGAUUGGCUUUGAUGACACUAACUCUGUUGCAAUGAAGUUACACUAUGCUCAAUCACAAAGACUUAGAGGCUACUUCUUUUGGGCUGUUGCUGGUGAUAAAGAUUGGAAAAUCUCAACAACAGCUAAGCAAUCAUGGAUUAUUUCCUAAGAGAUGAAGCGGGGGGGGGGGG